UAUCCGGGCCCAGCUUCCGGCCUAGGGGCUCCGGGCUUCGGCCCUAGCCGGGCGCACGGGAGAGAUUCCAGGUCCCCACACCUUGAGUGGCCAGGUGGCCCCUGGUUUUCCUCGUUUUGAGUUUUCUUGCCCGACUGCCUGUAUUUUAUCUUUAACCUUUCCAAAGUAGGCAGGCUGUAUUCUGGGUUUUGUUGAUGUAGCUUAUGAAAGGCGCCGACUUCCUUCGUUCAGAAGAUCACGACCCAUUUAAAUUGGAUGGAGUCAUGUACUUUUUUUCUCUUUUUCCGUAAGGAGUCUAAAGUUCGGGUUGGUUUUCAGUAAAUUAAGGGAAUUUGAUAAAAAUAUUGAGCACAGCGGUCUAGCACCUUUUUAUAAUAAACUAAGGAGUCUCCAGGAAUAAAAGUUGUUAAACUUAACAGUGCUCUGGGGAAAAUCCAGUAGGGAGGGCAGGGAUGCCCAGUACCUGACGAAGUCUGGCACUUGUCCAUUAGCCUUGAUGAAACAAACACCAGUCCAAGGUCGAAAGUAUCAAGGCAACUGUUACACAUGGGAAAGUCUUUUUCUCAUUUGCCCUUACAUUCAAAUAAAGAAGAUGCUUUUGAUGGCGUCACAUCAACUGAAAAUAUGAGGAAUGGAUUGGUUAAUAGUGAAGUCCAUAAUGAAGAUGGAAGAAGUGGAGACGUCUCUCAGUUUCCAUAUGUGGAAUUUACAGGAAGAGAUAGUGUCACUUGCCCCACUUGUCAAGGAACAGGAAGAAUUCCUAGGGGACAAGAAAACCAACUGGUGGCAUUAAUUCCAUACAGUGAUCAGAGAUUAAGGCCAAGAAGAACAAAACUGUAUGUGAUGGCUUCUGUGUCUGUCUGUCUGCUUCUUUCUGGACUGGCUGUGUUUUUCCUUUUCCCUCGCUCUAUCGACGUGAAAUACAUUGGUGUAAAAUCGGCAUACGUCAGUUAUGAUGUUCAAAAGCAUACAAUAUAUUUAAAUAUCACGAACACACUAAAUAUAACGAACAAUAACUAUUAUUCUGUUGAAGUUGAAAACAUCACUGCACAAGUUCAGUUUUCAAAAACAGUUAUUGGAAAGGCACGCUUAAACAACAUUACCAAUAUUGGUCCAUUGGAUAUGAAACAGAUUGAUUAUACAGUACCUACUAUCAUAGCAGAGGAAAUGAGUUAUAUGUAUGAUUUCUGUACACUGAUAUCCAUCAAAGUGCAUAACAUAGUACUCAUGAUGCAAGUUACUGUAACAACAACUUACUUUGGACACUCAGAACAGAUAUCCCAGGAGAGGUACCAGUACGUUGAUUGUGGAAGGAACACAACUUAUCAGUUGGGGCAGUCUGAAUAUCUAAAUGUACUUCAGCCACAACAGUGAAAACUGAGAGAUGCACCUGGAGAAGAAAUACCUAUUGAUAUUUUCCAAACUCUGAAGGAUGAGGUACUUACUUCCUGAUAGGAGAUCUUAAAUUGAACAACCUAAAGUUUACACUUCUGUUUUAAAAGUAGAGCUAAGAGUAUGUGGACUUGUAGGUUAUUACAACUCUCUACUCUGUGUUCAUGGUAUUUGUACCAGGAUCUUUUACUUGAAUCUAAAUUUACUGAUUGGUUUUCUUUGCUCCUGGUCCCCAAAGGGGAAAACUAAGAACUUCUCCUACAGGAUAAUAAAUAAUUAUUUAAAAUUCAUCGCUCUAAUCACUACUGAAAACAUAAUUGAUGAUUUGUGAUGAACAUAAUUAUGUGAUGAACAUAAUUUGAGAAACUUUAUUUCUGAAUGUCUUUAUAGAAAAUUACUGUGGGCCUAUUCAUGAAGACAUUUAAAGAGUAACCUUUUUUUUUUCCUGUUUUAUAAAUUCCCAUUGCUACUUGGUAGUAUUUCAGCUAUAUGCUAUUUUAGCUUUUAGCUAAAUGUUUUUAUUUUUUCAUUUUGAAAUCCUACUCAUUUGCAUGUUUUUGUCAGUCUUACUUCAAGCUAUUGCUUGCAUAACACUUAAUAAACCAAAAUAAUCUUUGCAAAAUUCUGUACCUAAAAUUUUUAAAAACCCCUAAAUAAUGUGUUUCACAUGUCUUUCCAUGUUAGUUAUAGUUGUAUGAAAUUUUUAUGUAAUCUUCAAACAUAAUCAUUUAAUGUACAGUAUUGUAAAUAAAUUCUGCAUGGCUUUUAUGUAGCUUUAACAAACGUCAAAUAAAGUGGUACAGAUUUAAAAUAUAGUAAGUUGCUCAUAAAAAUUUUAAAAAAAAGGAAAAUGAUAUUCAGAAACCUCUAGAAUGUAUGUUUCCAAUUACAUAUUAGAUCAGGCAUAACAUAGAUUUGAAAUAAAAUAUUUUGAUGCUCCACUUUUUUUAAUGUUGCUUUUCAUACUAAAGAAUUAUGAAUACACUUACUUUUCACAACUGUUAGGUACCCAAAUCAUCAAUUUUAUGAAUGUUUCAGAGGAGGAAGUUAUUUCUUUGGUAAAAUUAUCCAAGAAAUCCUGUUAUUAAAUUACAGUGGCUAUAGCAAAAUAAAACCUAUAUUAUGCUUUUAAAAAUUUAAUUACUUUGCACAUCAUGGAUAUCAUGCCCCUAGCAGUUACAUUUUUAAAGGUUUCUACUUUUAGUUUGGAUUUUAUUUAAAAUUGUUUUCAAGUGUAAAUUAUUGACUUAUUCAUUUUGCUAUUUUAUAUUUUUAAUACCAUUUUGCAUUUGGGCUUUUUGCCUUUUUGCUUACCACGUUCUGAGUACCUUUUAAAUACCUACCACUGAGCAUAGGGGCUGACUAUGAUACCAAAAACAGUAAGUGGCUUGAGAGUAGUUUCCUAUGUUCCUUAGUGACAGAGAUCAGGUUACCCCUCUCCCUACUCCCAAAGUGCCUAACAUGGGUCUGAAACAUUCUUAUUUAUAAGUCUGACUCUCUCAACUGUAGAACAUGAGCUUUAUUUAAUUAGUUAGAGCUAAUGAAGCCCUCCUUUCUGCCUUUAAACCUACUCAGGUUUCCCCUUACUUAGCUUUCAUAUUACUUUCUCUAAGUUUUCCUCAGUGAACAUUUAAAUGGGUGAAAUGCACUAACUUCUUUUUUUUUUUUUAAACUACUUAGUCUUCCCUUAAUCCAUUGCUAACUCAUCCAUCCUUACUAUUAAACUAAAAUCACCCCUUUAAAUUUGUUAUGGAUUUUGUAGUCCAACCCAAUCUUUAAUAUUUUUUCUAUGUUUUUUGACUACUCCCCUUCUCCUUGAAAUUGCACUUUUCUAAUGUGUGUGUUCUAUUUGUAUUUUUCAUAUCAUUCUCAUUUCAUUUUUUCUCAUUCUCCUAUCUUUUGAUAUCUUUUAAUGAGUAGUAUCCAGACCCUCUUCUGCCUCAAAAUUUCUACUCCUGUAUCUUCAACAAUCACCUAUAUUAGGGCUUCCAGCUCUGUUUCUACAUACCUGACCAGUAACCUAUCUAGUUUCUCAUUUAGCUAAUGACUUAGAGAUAACAGUAUUUCAGUGACUGUGUAAAAAUCAAACAAUGUUAAAAAAUUUUUUAUCGUGUUUUGUUCUCACCUGCCCUUAUGUCCCAUUUCUUCAAAAUCAUCCUUCAGAUAUGCCUCCUUCAAAAAUCAAUCCUGAUUUAUUUUCCUGCUUUGUAUCUUUUAACCUCGGAAAACUAUAUAGUGUAAAUUAAAUGGACUUUUCUGUUGAUGUGUAGCUUUAAUAUCCUUUUAGAGUGCAUGCAGAGUAUCUGCUGAAGAGUCAGAAAAGUGAGAGAACAUUUGCUUUUACUGACUUAGUUUUGAAUUUUUUUAUUCAUUCUUUAAAUUAAAAACUCUUUAUUACACCCACUUUCUGUGGAGUUCAAGUGAGAAAAAAACUGGAAUUUAAAAUAAGUUAAAAAAAAACCAGUAGUAGAAAAAUAAAGAUCACCUGUGACUACUUUCAAAGAGGGUUAAGUAACUGCCAGAAGAACCCUAGAGCAAAGCAGGCUGUAAAUUAACAAAACUACAAAAGCACAUUAAGGUGAAGCAGACUUAUAGCCAUUAAAAAAAAAAUCUGGAAAGGAUGGAUGAGGCUUUAACUUUUCUUAGGUCAUUGUCCAGUGCAGUUUCUUAUGUGGUAAUAGGAUUUUUUAAAAACGGCUCUCACACCUUAUUCAGAAGAUGUGGUAAAGAUGUUACAAUUUUUUUUUUCUGAUAAUUCCAAGAAUAAAUUUCUCGUAAAUUGCACCUUAAAUAGACUGGUCAUUCUAACCAAAUCUAAUACGUAACCAGCCUACAUGUUUUCAUAUUACAUUUAUAUAGCACCGUGCCCUUUCAGAAUUCUUUCAUAUGUGUUUCUCAUAUCAUUUGCCAUAGUCCUGUGAGUCAGAAAAGGAGGGUAGUAGGAUCCUCCUCUUUUAGAAAAGGAAAAAGAGGCAUGGAGAAGUUGAGGGACUUGCUGAAGAUCUCAUAUUUAGUAAAUAGUUUAACUGAGGCCAGACCUAGUUUUCCUGUCACCCAUAUCUGUGCUCUGUCACUUAAAAUGCCCAUUGGAAAGCCCUGUUGACUCAGGUUAGUAUAAAUAAAAAUUAGAGAAAACGUUCACGUAGGUAAUGGUGACAAUCAGAAUAAUACUGAUGGACUAAGAUUUUGGGUAUCUUGAAACUGGUACCUUAAAUGUUUUAAAUGGGAAAUGUAAAAUAUUUUGGAGCAUGAUCUGUAGAUUAAUUUUCUGUUAAAAUUUAGUACUCUGUGAUCAUUCCAAUUAAGAUAAUAGAUAUGUUUCAGAGUAGACUAAUUAUAAAUAAUAGAGAUUAGUGGAUUGAGAUUUGAAACAGUUAACAGUUUGAAAAUAAGAGAUAACAGAUAAACUGCUUGAAAUUUCUAAAUAACCAUCUUUACUGUACUACAUAACAUGUAAAUGGCUGUGGUUUUAUUUGUGUUCAUUUUUUCCAUGCUUUUUUUGUUUGUUUAAGCCAAUGAGGUAAUUAUUUUCUCUAAGAAUUCAUGACAAGAAAAUAAAAUUCACUUCAGAUCUUCUGAAUUGUAGUCUGGGAAUAACACAGUGUGGUGUUCAAAUAGAUAGGAAGUGACUGCCAAAACACGAUAAAAGUAACUUAGGAGACUUCAAGUGUCAGCCUAAUGAAUCAUUUGUGGUUCUUAGCCUUAUCAUUAUUGCAGUAUAAUUCUGGAUGUUUAAUUGGAGGACACGUCCCCAACUUUCUCUCAUGCCAUUUUGUUUGUUUUUUAAAAGUUUUAAAAUAAACAAUUCUUUGUAUAAUGACUAUAUCUUAUUUAAGAAAAUGGUUUGUUAGGUACUUGACCCCAAAGUCACUGCUCAGUAUAGCUAAUAUUUAUUGGUUACUUACUGUGUCACAUACUGUACUGUACUAACCUUUCAUGUGCAUUAUCUUAUUAUCCCUCAGAAGAGUUCUUUAAGGUAGUUACUGUCAUUGGCCCCCCAUUUUAUCUCUGAGGAAAUUGAGUUUUAGAGAAGUUAAGAAGUAUGUAUAAGUUGGAAAGUGGCAGAUUAGAGAUUCAAAACAGGUCUGUUUGACUCAAGCAUCAUUGUUCUUAAAAUAAGCAUAUUUUCUUUCUAGCCUUUGAAAAUGUUUUAGUCAUAAAAAUGUAUUGGAUAUUGCACUUAAUAUAGAAGACUGAGGUUUUUGAUAGUAUUUUGAAGAAUACUAUUAAGAUGCUUUAUUAUUUUGUAGAUCCUUAAUAUAAAAAUGUUUAUCAUUUUUUUUAGCUAUUAAUACUUAUCUGUUAGAUGGAUUUUUUCUUUAUAAAAGAUAUAAAAAUUUAAAUUUACAAAUAUAUAUCAGGCUUCCUCGAUAGCAGUAUGAAUUGAAUUUCAAGUUAUUAGGUUGUAAGCCAAAGGUUACUCACCAGAAUGUCAUGAUUUUUAGCUCAUAACAUCUGGAAACAGUAACUACUUGGCUCAAAUACAUCUAAGAAGAAUUAAUUUUAUUUCUCUCUCUUUUUUGUAAUAUCAGAUUUUAAAUGAGAUGUUAAAAUAUUUUAAGGAAAAAAUGUUUGAGAGGAUGGGAUAAAAAGACUGAAACAUUAUUUCUUUAAAAAAUGUAUUUUUACAUGAAAACAAGAUAUAUUUGCAAUGUGUUCAAUCAAAAUAUUCACUUCUGUAUCCCAGAUCUACAUAUUUCAAAGUAAAAAUGUUCACUUGUCAGCUGAAAUUCCUGAUUAGAACUAAUAUUUGUUUAUUUUUGUGCUUAGAAUGUAAAUUUCACAGUGGAUUUUUUUUAAAUUUACCUUUAAUUUGGAUAAAAGCAAGUGAUAUAUUUAUAUACUACAGGGAUAAAAAUGGUAAUUUUCAUUUUUUAAAAAACUACCAAUGUGAUUAUAUUUUUAGUUCUUUUUACUCAUGUUUAGCACAGGCUUUAAAUUAAAAAAUACACUAUAGGCUGUAUUGACCCAAAAAGUAUUCCAUAAAUUAAUUUAACAAAUAUAUGGCAAGUUUUUCAUAGCUAUAGCUAAUUCUUCUAGAAGGAAGUUGUUGCCUUCUGUUUAAUUACAUUAAUUGAAAUGUGUUUAAGAGAAAUGUUUUCAGCAUAUUUUGUAUACUGAAAAAAAAAAAUAGGGUUAGUAUUGGGCCAAUGGCCAAGAGGUAACGUUACUACCUUGUAGACUGUUACAGUUCAAAUUGUCCCACUUCCCCCAGAAUUUUAGAAACUAGAAGUCUGGGAGAUGCUGUAUCAGCUGUACUCUGGUGAUUCUAAAUGCUGUAAGUACUGUUCAUCUUCUGUUAUUGUGUGAGAUGGGAAAAAAUGCCAGAUUGCAAAAGAUGCAUAAUUUCAUUGUAUAAUGGUUUGUUUUAGGCAUAAAAUAUCAGCAAGUCUUGUCUUGUGUGUUUUGUCUUAUAUUUCCUCAUAGAACUAAAUUAAGUAAGAUUUUGGGAAAUGAUUUUAAAUGCUUUCCGAGUUGACGUGCUUGGUCAGAUAUUUGAGUGAUGGCAUUGCUGAGUAGACUCUAACCCAUGAUUCUAGUUGUGGAAUAAAGAAUAACGUAGAGCGUGAGACUAUGUUUGGGCACUUACUCUUUGUUUAUGUUAGGUAUUACCCUCCAUCAUAACAUACUUAUUAUAUUUCCAAGUUGGGCAGUUCUGUAAUUAUAACUAUUGUUGCUGUACCUGUAACAAAACAUGCUUAUGAUAGUAAAAUGAAUAGAAGUGCCCCCAAAUACUAUUUUUUUAAUUCACUUGUAACUGUUCCUCUUAUAAUUGUGUAUGACAGAAUCAAAUUUGUAAAACUUCUAGCAUGAAAAAUAAAAUUUGUAUCAGUCAA